AUGCAGAUCACCGACAUUUCCGUUUUCACUUACGAUGCCAAAUACUCUAAGGGAACAUACACCAUGUCUGGUGGACGGGUCUCCCUUGGCGAACCAUCCAUUGUGGUUCAGCUUCGCACCGACGAUGGCAUCGAGGGCUGGGCCGAAACAGCGCCCCUUGGCAGUACAUACUUGCCAAAUUCGUUUGCGAGCGAGAUCGCUGCUCUGAAAGAGCUAGGCCCAGCAAUCCUGGGUCUAGACCCUCGCUCCACGGGAUCGAUCAACGCCGCCAUGGAUCGAGUCAUGGUGGCAGGAACAGCGGCCAAGUCAGUCUUAGACGUAGCCUGCUGGGAUAUAAUGGGUAAAUCCAUGCAACUGCCCACCGCCGUUCUCCUGGGCGGAAAAAUUGGAGACAAAGUACCGGCAUUUUCGGUGAUUGGCGUUGUCGAGCCCGAGAUUGCGGUUCAGAAGGCGCGCGACGAAGUGUCGAAUGGGGUGAAAGCCUUGCAACUCAAAGUUGGCGAUGACCCAUCAAGCGAUGCACGAAGGGUCAAAGCUAUCCGCGAAGCUAUCCCGGACGGAAUCGAAGUCUGGGCAGAUGCAAAUGCCGGAUGGACUCUCGACCAAGCUCUCAAGUUCGCCCGGGCAUUAGGGCAAGAUCUCGCCGUGCCGCUCGAGCAACCAUGUCGACUCAUGUCUGAUUGUAUCGAAGUUGGUCGCCGCACAGCAUUGCCAAUUACUCUGGACGAGUGUAUUUUCACCAUGGCGGAUCUGGUCGCGGCCCACGCUGGAGGUAUCACGGGUGUCAAUAUCAAGAUCUCCCGAGUGGGCGGGUUUACCAAGGCACGGACCUUGCGCGAUGCUGCAGUUGCACUUGAUAUGAUGGUGGUUAUUGAUGAUACCUGGGGGUGUGCGCUGACUACUGCGCAAAAUUUGCAGAUGGCUGCUUCUACGCCGCCGAAUCGCUUGCGUGCAGUUGACCUUUUCGCUGAAUGGACUCAUCCGAUGAUCGCUGAGAUAUCUAGAAUGGGGAAUGAUGGCAAAAUCAGUUGCAAUGAGAUUGCUGGGAAUGGGCAUGGGGAGAUUGAUUUGGGUCUUCUGGGAGAUCCAUUGUUUCAAAUGAAGGCUUGA